UACUUUGGAGGGGUCUGAUUGAACUAUUCAUGUAUAAACCGGAUCCAAAGUCAGGUUCACACAAACCAAAUAAAACCCGAGAUAUCUCCGUCACCGAUAACACACAUCUCCGGUAACUCAUUACCUCAAUCACUAAGAAUGUUCAACAACAGCAUAUCAAUUCCAGUAACAGAAGACCUGCCGGAAGAAUUUUCCGGCAAGAUACGUUCCCGGCCACGGAGAAAACGGAGGAAAUCAGAGUACAGAGGGAGAUCCGAAACUUGCAAACAGUUAACCAGAUAUUGGCCUCUACUUGUCUUAAUUGCUUCUGUUUUUCUACUGAUUUUUGAAGUUUAUAGAAUUGACUGGAAAUCAAGUACUAAAAAAGAUGAUGUAGCUGUUGGUGAUCGGAAACCUGAUGUUAAGAAACCGGAUGGCAAUUUGAACCGGCUGGAUGCUCCACGUUGCUUAAAGCUUCUGCCUCCUGAUGAACUUCAGCAUCUGGAUUUCCCGCUGAAUAAAGAAUUGCUUGUUCCUAUUAAGAAAUUGGUUUAUAUGUCAGAGAGUAAUGAACAGCAUGAUACAAACUCUCAAAAUGAGAUGGGGAUUACAAGAUUCAAUAGGUUUACUGGGUACCAAACUCUUGAUCAAAGAGCCCAGAGUUUUAAGGUGAAUGAAACUGUGUGUGUACACUGUGGUUUCUACAGUGAGAAUGGAGGUUUCACAAUAUCAAAUGAAGAUAAAAAUUACAUGCUAACUUGCCAAAGUGUUGUUUCUACUUGUGCAUUUGGUGGCGGAGACAAUCUUUAUCAGCCCAUUGGGAUGUCAGAUGCAUCGCUUGAAAAGGUCUGCUAUGUAGCAUUUUGGGAUGAAAUUACUCUCGCAACACAGGAAAAAGAGGGUCACAUAAUUAACAAGGAUCGUUUUAUUGGGAAGUGGCGCAUUAUAAUUGUUGGGAGUCUUCCGUUUAGGGAUCAGCGAUUGAAUGGAAAAAUCCCAAAGAUGCUGGCACACCGGCUCUUUCCUAAUGCAAGAUAUUCCAUAUGGGUAGACUCAAAGUCCCAGUUUAGAAGAGACCCAUUAGGAGUGUUUGAGGCACUAUUAUGGCGUUCAGAAUCUGUGUUUGCAAUUUCUGAACAUGGUGCUCGUAGUAGCGUGUAUGAUGAAGCAAAUGCUGUUGUCAAGAAAAAUAAAGCUACUCCAGAAGAAGUGGAAGUACAAAUUACUCAAUAUCGCCAUGACGGCCUCCCUGAAGAUAAGAGAUUCAAUGGCAAGAAAGCUCUAAAUGAGGCUUCAGUGAUUGUAAGGGAGCAUACUCCAGUAACUAAUUUAUUCAUGUGCAUUUGGUUCAAUGAGGUUGUUCGGUUCACCUCCCGUGAUCAGCUUAGUUUCCCAUUUGUUUUUUGGCGGUUGAAGGUGUUAAAGAAUAUAAAUAUGUUUCCAGUUUGCACACGGAAAGAUCUUGUGAAUAGCAUGGGUCAUGUACGCAAGGCCAAGCCUUUAAGUUACUGAAGCCGGUGAUGGAGUAUUUUUUGUCGAACACACUGUGCAAAGCUACUUUUAGUAUUUAUUAUUAUUUGUACAUUUGUUAUGUAUACUGCAUAAUUGCUGAAGGAUAGACUAAAGCUAGGUGGUGGGUUUAGAUAUAUUUUAGCCAUUUUUGCGGGUUUUGUUUGCAUCUUAUACUUGAGUUGAGAAUUCAUACAUUUUUUCAUGAGUU